UAUCAAAUUCAUUCAUGAAUUUAUUGCAAUUUUGCAGAAAUUUAUCAAAUGAAUAACUAUAUAAACCUAAGACUCCAACUGGAUCAUUACAUUUCGUCGAUCACUCAUAUCUUACAAUAUGUGGUCGCCAAUUGUCCUGUUAUUUGUAGUGGGCUUAACAUUUGCUUCAAAUCCCGGCUGGCAAAAUGACAAGGAAUAUGUAUAUAAAUUAUCUGGAUACUCUGUAGCCUCAUUAGAUAUUUCUGAUCAUGGAUCUGGAAUUGCAUAUAAGGCUUUAUUAAGAUUGCAACCGCAAUCAGACAAUAAAAUCAGAGGAUUAAUAGAAGACCCUCAAUUUGUUGAUAUAUUAGAAAACCUUCCCGAACCCUCUCGUCAACUGGACCUUUUCAAUAAACAAUACAAUUGGAAACGUCUCCAACUUUGUCACAAGCCUUUUGAAGUUAGCCUUCAAAAUGGUAGAAUUGUGAGUUUCAUUGUUGAUGAAGAAUGUAGCAACUGGGAAGUCAAUCUUUUGAAAAGUGCUAUGAGCCAAUUCCAAUUGAAUACUAACGCCGACAGGCUCAUUGAAAGUCCUUUGAACAGUCUUCCUGAAGACGGUGAUUGGGAUAAUGAUGCUGUAUAUCUAGUUAUGGAAGACACCGUUAGCGGUGAGGUUGAAACUACCUACAAUAUUAGACCUUUACCAGACCAUGUAGUUCAAAGCAGAAGUAAUGAAGCAAGAUAUCUAGAUAGUGUUAACAAAGGAAGAGUAAUUGAAGUUAUUAAACAUCAUAAUUAUAGCAAUUCUAUCGAAUUACCCUCAUAUUCUUACGGGUUCGGCUCAAUGGAAUGGGGAAAACCAGCAUAUAAUGCAAUGGGAAAAUUUCUGAUGAGAGAUUCAACAAGUCGUGCUAUUUUGACAGGAACAUUACAUAAUUUCACCGUUCAAUCUUCUAUUACCGUCAACGUAAUUAGUGUUAGUCCUACUUUGAGUGAUAAUGACAAAGGUAGUGUUCUUACCGUCGUUAAUGCUACUCUAGAGGAAGUCAAAUCGCAAGAAGACACAAUUGAGGAAAUACCUCAACCUGUUAAUAUUGGCAAUCUAGUUUAUUCGUAUGAAAAACCUUUCUCUUCCAAAUCUACUGUGGUACCAAAAUCGUCGAAUAUUAUGCUAAAAAAAUUCCGAAGUGAGAUUUACAGAAAUAUGAACAGACAGAAACGUUCCCUGGACAAUGGACAAAUUUAUACAGAUUUUUAUGUACAAGACAAGCCACAAUUGAGCGAAGCACCUGCAAGUCCAUUAUUACCUUACACAAUUGGAUACGAAGGAAUUUCUAUAAAAUCAAAGAUUAAUAUAGUCCAGGAAGUACAGAAACUGGCUCAAAGUACCGGUAAACAGAUGUAUGAUGUUACAAAAACCCACCAUGAAGAACUCUUAGAUGAAUGGCAAACUAUGAUUUCUUUAAUGCGUAUUAUGAACUUUGAUGAGCUUCAAGAAGUAGCUAAGGCUCUGUACACAACUAAAUAUGAAGGGGAAGAACGAGCAAUAUGGGUAACUUUCCGCGAUGCUAUUGCAGAAUUAGGAACCGGACCAGCUUUAAAAUGUAUUGCCGACUGGUUAAGAACUAAUAAAAUCUGGGGAGAAGAAGCCAACCAAAUUGUUUCAACUAUGACAAGUGUCGUACGUGAACCAACCGAGGAAUACAUCAAGGCUUUGUUCGAACUUUCUAAAUCGCCAGAAGUUCAAAAUCAAUGGCCAGUUAAUAAUACCCUACUGCUGGGUUUGACUAAUGUUAUUCGUAGAGUGUACGUUGAUAAACAGGAAUCUAACUGCCGUUUUCCUGUCAAAAGUUUUGGAUCAUUCUAUAGCGUAGAAGGGUCAAAAUAUGUAGAGGAAAAAAUAGUCCCCUAUCUGAGUGAACAAAUGAACGAAGCUAUCAGAAAAUCAGAUACACACAAAAUUCACUCAUACAUUCGUAUUAUUGCAAACACUGGGUCUUACACCUUUUUGAAAACAUUUGAACCGUACUUGGAGGGAAAGGAAUAUGCUACUCAAUUCCAACGAGUACUGAUGGUCUUAGCUAUGUCGAAACUUUCCGAUAGUCAUCCUAAAACAGCUCGAUCAAUUCUCUAUAGAAUUUACAGGAAUCCUGCAGAUGUUAAAGAAGUUAGGAUUGCUGCCGUGUAUCAACUAAUGCGUACAGAACCACCAUUCGAAAUGAUGCAGGACAUGGCUGCUUACACUAAUAUUGAAGAAGACGAUUACGUUAACGCAGCUGUCAUUAGUUCCAUCGAAACCGCUUCAACUUUGGAAGGCUAUCAAUUCGAAGAGAUCCGGAAAGGUGCUCAAGCUGCCAUGCCUCUUUUAACCAAAGACAAAACUUAUGGACUUCGUCAUGGAGCAAACUAUCUUCGAACUUACGUUGUUGAAGAAUUGAGUAAACUAUAUGGACAGGCAUACCAACUAUUUGGUAGUGAGGAUUCAAGAAUUCCUAAAGGAUUUUCUUAUGAUCUUAGACAGUAUAUGGGUGGAGUUAGGCAAACAUUUGCUGAUAUUAUUGCCACAGUUUCCAGUGUCGACGAUUUAUUCCAAGUUACACGUGAACUGACAAAAAAAUACGAUGAAAAUGAAACUGAACAAAAACAACGAUCUCAAGAACAGGAAAAGAACUCUUGGUCAAGUCAAAAUAUUGCAAAAAUAUUAAAUUUGAAAACUGAAACAGCUGAACAUCUUGAAGCCUUCAUGUAUAUGCAAGUGGGUAAACAAUAUUAUAUGGCUGGAAUGGACAAUACUACAUUGGAACAAAUGCCAGAAGUUCUCCGUCAAUGGGAAGAAGAAUUUGAGAAAGAGAAAUAUGUAAAUAUGUAUAAACUAAGAACUCUUGAAAGAACUAUUGCAUUCCCAACAGCUUUAGGAAUUCCAUUCGUAUUCACCCACGAUCAACCUAUGCUAGUUAAAGUACAAGGUAAAUUUAGAGCAUCAGCUAAUCCCCGUCUUGUUGAAGAUGGAAAAAUUAAUAUGCCUGACCGAAUUAAUUUAAUUGCCGAAGACAUGAAGUUGACCAUAACUUCAAAAUUACAAGGCAGAUUAUCCAGCAUAGCACCAUAUAAUCAUCAGCAGUAUAUUGCUGGUUUUGAUAAGCAUUUUGAACUCAACAUUCCUGUUAGUGCAGAAAUACAAAUCGAUGUUAAGCAAAUGAAUGCGAAGAUCGAAGUUGAAAUUGAUGCCGAUAAAGAAUUUCCACUUUGGCAUUAUAAAACUUCACCUUAUGUCUCUAAAGUUGAUGUAACUAAGUUUGAGGCCAUAUCAAAGUGUCCACAUACCAAAGUUAUCAAACAAGGCGAUUUACGAACUUACGAAACAACUAUUGGUGAAAAAUCUACAGGCAUGGCUUUCCGUGCUAGAAUAACACAUUCAAGAGCCUACUUAGAUAUGCUUACAUUGAGUCGCAUUUUAACAACACAAGGAAGUUGGGAUGCAAUCAAAUCGAUCUGGGAUGAUAACAGCAUUCAAUAUGGUGAAUUUGAUUUCACUUUCCGUCCCGAAGUUUCAGACAAUCGUAAAGCGGUAAUUCAACUAUCUUAUGAAAAUAUAUACAAAUCCAAAUCUCCUUUAGAGUCAUUUAGUGAAUGGAUUUUGAAUGAAAACGCAGAACCACUACAACGUCAAACGGAACUCAUAAAUAAGAUUAGUUCAGGUAUAAAGAACGUCCAAACUGUUUCUCUUGAUGCUUCAGUAGAAUUUGAGGGUCAGAACAAAAUUAAAUAUGUUGUAACUGGAGCAGUGGCAAAAAGUAACGUUGAUCCUAAAUCUCGUUUCAUGAUUGCAUACAAACGACAAGCCAACUUAUACCCGCACGAAUUUCAUGUUACGGUUAACAGUUACAUUCCCAAUACCAAUGGUAUUGAUUUGGAUUAUACUCUACAGAACGAACCUGUCGCUAAUUAUGAAGUUGAUAUGAAAUUUGGAAGCUCUAAAGGAUCUCUUUCCAAAAUCGAAAUUCAAAUGGAUCACCGCAGAAGUGAAGAACGUAAAAGUUUCCUAAAACAAAUGCCCUCCUAUAAACAAUGUAAGGACGAAGUCAGAGUUGGUAACAAACAAUUACCAGCUUGUGUGAAUAUAACAGAAGAAGCAAAUCUUCUGGAUCACGUUAGUGCAAAACUUCAUUAUGCAAAUCUGGAUGAAACUUUAAUGGAAUACAUUAAAGGUGGUUUCGAAGCACUCAAAGUUUUUGCACUGCCAUCUUUAGAAACAAUUGACAGCGACAACUCAUUACGUGGAAACACAUUAGAAUUGAUGGCUGCCUUCCAUCCGGACUUGAGGGCUUUAAACAUUUCUGUAAAGUCACCUGAAGAAGAAAAUAUUUUCAAAAACAUACCAAUUGAUGAUCUUUCUAAAGAGCUUUUCGUAGUUCAUCCAGUAUUCAAUGUUCGCACUCGUUUGGCAAGUUACGCCUAUGAAUUGGACACUUACAGAACUUUCUGUACUGUUGACAAGACUCAUAUCAAUACCUUCAGCAACUUGACUUAUCCUGCUGACCUAUCAAAACAAUGGACACUUCUGCUACAAUAUUUUAUUGGAAACUCUGAUAGGAAUCGCGAUUCACUAGAAAACCAACUUAAAUCUCAACUAGAGCACUUUGUUAUUCUUGCCCGUGAGAGCUCUGUAGCUCCCAAUAAAAAAGACUUAAAAAUAGUAGUCAGUUCCCCUGAAACUAAUUUCAGAGUUGUUGAAAUCAAUAUCACACCAAAUCAACGACAAAACCAGAAUGUACCUCGUGUUACAGUUACAGUAAAUGGAAACCAAAUUCAAUUGAGCGAGAAGGAAAGUUAUGACGUAAAUGAAGGAUACAUCCAAAUUUAUGCUUUACCUAAUGGAGAAGUUAAAGCUGAAUUUGAGGACGCAUUCUAUGUAAUUUGUGAUGGAUCCACCAUUAGAAUUACCACUUUUGAUGGUAAAUUUGAAAACCGUAUAAUUGGAGCAUGUGGAAUAUAUACACAAGACGUUGCAGAAGAUUUAAUGACACCAGAAAUUUGUAUCGCUCGCCAUCCUGAACAAUUUAUAAGAAGUUUUGAGGUCGAAGGACAAGAAGGCGUACAAGCUAGAGAAUCUUUCAGGCACAAUUCAAGCAUAUGUAUAGAAAGACGCCGACCUCUAUACGUUGACGUAAUAACUCCGAACGAUUACCGAAGGAAACAAGAGGAAAUAGUCGGAUCCAACAGAUGCACCUAUUACCAAACUAAAUACCAGGAACAAGGUGCUAAAACUUGCUUCACGAUCCAUCCUCAACCAGUUUGCAGCAGUCGUUGCAAAGAUAAGAAACAAGUAUCUAAGAAGCUUCCUGUACAUUGUGUAACAAGAAAUAUGGCAGAUAUGUGGAAAACACUUAUCGAUAAUGGUAGUGGUCCUGAUCUCAGUGGUAAACCAGUACAUCAAAUGCUAUCCAUGUCUAUCUCUGAAAGAUGUUCGCCUUCACACUUCGACCGUAUUCAGUUGUGCAAGAUGUGGUCGCAGUUUGUCCUUUUUAUCUUGGUGGGCUUGGCCUACGCAUCAAAUUAUUCUGCGUGGAAGAGAGAAAGCGAAUAUGUAUACCAAGUACGAGGACGAACUUUAACUGGAAUAUCUGAAGUAUCUCAUCAAUAUGUAGGUACCCUAUUCAGAGCAACCCUUAGAAUCCAACCCAGAGACGCUUCAAAAUUACAAAUGAUGCUUAUUAACCCAGAAUAUUCAGAAGUUCAUUCAGUUUUGAGUCAGGGAUGGGAAACUGACAUUCCCGAGGAAGAAACUGCAUGGAAACCGUUUAAAACGUGUACAAAACCAUUCCAAGCUCAUCUCCAAAAUGGCAAGAUUUCCAACCUUAUUGUUCACGCCGAAUGUAAAAACAGUGAAGCAAACUUAAUCAAAAGUAUAGUGAGUUUAUUCCAAAUAAAUACUAAUGGAGAAAAUACUCUUCCAAGUCCAUUAAAUACCUUACCUGAUGCAGAAUCUAAUUCCGGCGUUUUCUUAACCAAGGAAGAUACUAUUUUAGGAGUGAGCGAAACACUUUAUAAGAUCGCCCCUAUACCGGAUUACGAACUUCUUCAUUCAAAAGAAAAUGCUCGCUACCUAGACUUCAAAUUGAGAGAUAAUUUGGAUGCUGAUAUAAUAGAAGUAACUAAACAUGAAAAAUUCUCCGAAGAUGAAGAAUUACCUGCCUAUGUAUAUGGAUUUGGUGACUAUUUCAGAGGAAAUAAACCAGCAACAAAUAAAAUGGGUAACUAUAUGAGCAGAGAUUCUACAAGCCGUGCUAUUUUAUUAGGAAACUUGAACCGUUAUGAUAUUCUACACACACUUUCAGUCAACAGUAUUUUUGUUAAUCCAACAAUUACUGAUAAGGAAAAAGCUGCUGUUUACAGUGCAAUGAUGGCUGAUUUACUAGAAAUAAAACCUCUAGACGACGAACUCGAAGACAUAAGCCAGCCUGUCGAAUUAGGAAACCUUGUAUAUUCUUAUGAUAACGUUGUAUUAGAGGAUCGUCAACGUCGUCCUGGAUCUCUAAACCUACUUAGACCAAAAUAUUUCGGAAGUGAAUACAAUUACUAUCAUCAGCAACCGAGAAUCGAUCAAGCUCCUGAAAAUCCUUUGUUACCUUUCUUUAGCGGAUAUAGUGGAACUUCAAUCAGAAAAUCGGUUAAUAUUGUUCAAGAGGUACAAAAACUUGCAAGAAAAAUUAACAAAGAUUUGGAAGAUGAAGAAAGAGAUCAUCAUGAAAAAACUUUGGAACGAUACGUGAACUUGGUUUCUCUCAUAAGAUUACUCGAUGCGGAUGAACUUAAACCGUUGAUUAACCGUCUUUCCUCCGAUGAAGAUGAAAGUCUCGUAUCUAUUCUUAUAGAUGCUGUUUCGGAAGCCGGAACUGGUCCUGCUAUGCUAGUGAUCCAAGACUGGAUAGAAAGAGGAUUUAUUGAAGGUGUAGAUGCCAGUGAAGUAGUUUUUUCAAUGGCAAAUUCCGCCACUAAUCCUACUGAAGAAUAUAUGAAAACUUUCUUCAAACUCGCUAAAAAUCCGAAAGUGUUGGCCCUAUGGCCUCUCAAUGAUACAACUCUCAUGAGUUUUACUCAUCUUGCUCGCAAAGUUUACGCAGACAGAAAUAUAUCAGAUUCUCAUUAUCCUGUCAAUACUUUUGGAAGUUUUCGCACAAAAGACGGAUGGCGGUUUAUAGGAGAAGAAGUUAUUCCUUACUUCACUGAAAUGCUUAACAACGCAGUACAACGAGCUGAUACUUACCAAAUACACGCUUACAUUCGUGCCCUUGGAAAUUUAGCUGAUUCGCGAAUUUUGAAUACUUUCGAACCUUACUUGGAAGGAAAGAAGCAUUGCACGCAAUUCCAAAGGAUGUUGAUGGUUUUGUCUUUAGAAAAAUUGGCCGAAACACAACCAGAGAAAGCUCUUGCCGUAUUCUUCAGAAUAUAUCAAAAUCCCGCCGAACAUCCGGCUGUACGAAUUGCCGCUGUUUUCCAAGCAAUGCGCAGUCUACCAACAUUUGAAGUUUUACAAAUUAUGGCAAGCAACACUCAUGUUGAAGUAGAUGAUCACGUUAAUGCUGCAGUCAAAUCAGCAAUUGAAACUCUUUCUCAAAUGGAAGGUGACGAUUACACUUUCAUACGUGAAGCAGCUAAGGCAGCCAGAGCUCUACUUGAUGACAAAGACUACGGUUUGCAACAUGGCGCUAAUUAUUUCCGUUCUUAUGUUUGGGAUGAGUUAAGGACACUCUAUGGAACAGCUCACAACUUUGUUCCUAGUGGCGAUGAUUAUAUUCCUAAGGGAAUGAUAUAUACAUUACAAGCAUCUUUGAAUGGACUUCAUCGUAAUCUUGUAAACAUACAAGCUAUCGUUUCCAGUGUGGAUCAAUUACUUGACCUCACAUACAAACAAACCAAGAACUACAGAGAAAAAGAACAACUUAAGCGAGAAAGCUCAUUCCAAGAAAAUCCUUGGGCGAGCCAUAAUAUUGCAAAAUUACUCAACAUGAAAGCUGAGGAACGGGAACAGCUCGAAGGGCAAUUGUAUAUGGAAUUAGGAUCUCCUCUCAGAAUGCUCAGUUUUGACAACUUAACAAUUGAACAACUUCCUCAAUAUAUCCAACAAUUUGAAAAAAUAUUCAACAAGGAUCAUGAUAUUCGUCGGUUUAAAUUUUUCAAUGCUAGAGAAUUGAUCCUAGCUGUGCCCACUGUAACUGGUUUCCCAAUGGUGUAUAAAUUUGACAAUCCAGUACUCUUCAAAAUUCGAGGACAAGCUAGUGCUACCGCAGAACCGCAAUUAUCUUCAAACGAUGAAAUUCAAGUGCCCAAUCACAUUCUAAUGCAAUCUGAGUUGAGGUGGACAUUAACAGGAAAAAGUCAAGGUCGUCUUAUGUUCAUCACUCCAUCAAUUCAUCAACAAUUUAUAAGUGGUUACGAUAAACACUGGGAAGUAAAUGUACCCAAAUUAGAAUCUAAUUUCAGUAUUGACAUACCAAAUCAAGAAGUAACAGUUGAAAUUGAAGUUAAAGAAAAAGAUAAAAUGGAUAUGCUGCAUUAUCAUACCUUGCCUUACACAGCAAAAUCUGAUAUUGGAAACUUCGAACCGUUGUCCUCCCAAAGACAUAGAAAACCAAUUCAACCACGAAAUAUGCAUGGAUUCAAACAAUUAAUUGGUAAAGAAUAUAUCGGUGCUGCCUUUGAAAUUGAGGUUAAUCACGAAAGAGACUUUUUAACUUUAGAGACUUUAUACUUCGCCACAUCACACGGUUGCAUUUUUGAAGGACUUAGAGAAUUAUGGCAUGAUAGUAAUGUACAAAACAGCCAAUUUGAUCUUAGAUACCUUCCUGAAGAAUCAUCAUUCAAAAAAAUUAUUGUUAAGUCUAAAUAUAAUGAAUUGUACUUAAUGGAGCCCAAACACCUAAGACCUUCCUUUAAGUUCAAUGACAGUAUGGACCAAUGUGAGAGACAAAAUCAAAUGAUGGAUGAUGUUGCAGAUGGAAUCAAUAAUGCUAGAGCUAACGCAUUAGAUACUAUUAUUGAGCUACAAGGAGAUAGGACUAUUCGAUAUCUUAUUACCGGAGCCUAUGCCAAGAGCAACGUCGACCCCACAUCUCGUGUAGCUGUUUUCUUUAAGAGAACAUCUAAUCACAGCGAGUUGAAAGAUUAUCAAGCCAAAUUUGUUUCAAAAAGUACAAUUGAAAAUACCAACGCUCUUGAUAUCCAAUUUGCUCUAAAUAAUGAACCUAAAGUAUUUACUGAAGUUGAGCUCACGUUUGAACCAACCAAUGAAAAGAAAACUAAGAUCACCGGCCAAUUUGAGCAUCUACGAAGCGAGGAACGUAAAAAAUAUUUGAAAGAUUCGCCGUUGUACAAACUAUGUAUGCAACAAAUGCAGAAAGGUAAUACACAAUCGUACACAUGUACCAAUAUGACCACAAAAGCCAAUUUACUUGAUCUUAUGAAAGUUGAGCUUCACACUGAGAAUUUGGAUUCAAAAUGGAAAAAUUAUAUUGAAACGGCUUACGAAGCACUUCGUUAUUAUUUACUUCCUCUUACUGAUGUCCAACCAGUAUCGGGCGAAAAGGAUUCUGUUUCAAUGCAAGUCAAAUUCGAUCCUGAUUUACGAUUUGUUAAUCUAUCAAUUACUACUCCUAAAGAAUUAUCCCGAAUUCACAGCAUUGAAGUUAUGGAUCUUGUAAGAGAAACGUUCGUUAUGCAUCCAGUUUUCCAUCUACCCAAUAGAUUAUCCAGUUAUUAUUUAGGCAUUGAUACUUACAGAGAUUUCUGUUCCAUCGAUAGAAGUUAUGUAAACACAUUCAGUAACAAAAGUUACGAUGCCAAAUUGUCACAGCGCUGGACAGUAAUGACUGUAUAUGUUCCAAAAGAAGCACGUGAAUCAAACUACCAAAGAUCAGAUGAAUAUCUCGAGACACAACUGGAGAAACAGCUAGAAAACUAUGCUGUACUUGUAAGACGAAACAGUAACGGUCGUGAUAAAACUGACGUGAAAAUAGUUGUCAGCAGUCCUGAAACUGAUUUCGAAGUUAUUGAAAUUGAUUUGACACCAACCAAAGGCUUCCAAUAUAAACCUCAGGUAUCCAUCAAUGGAGAACAACUUCGACUCAGCCAAAUACAAAGUGCUGAUUUCAAACGUGGAUACAUCCAAGUUUAUUUCCUUCCCAAUGAAGAAGUGAAAGUCGAAGUUUACAACAGUUUCUAUAUCAUUUACAAUGGUCGUGAUGUUAGAUUAACCGCUGUAAAUGGAAAAUUCAGAGAUUCUAUAAGAGGUCUUUGUGGACAAUUUAAUGGCCAAAAAUCUGAAGAUUUCAUUAUUUCAGAAACUUGUAUCGCCCGUAGUCCUGAAAAAUUCGUUAGAAGUUUCGAAAUAGAAGGCGAUGAAGGAAAGCAAGUAAGAAAAGAACUCGCUGAAGAUAAUAAACAAUGCGUUGAAAAAGAAAUUCCUCUCUUCGUGAAUGUCAUUACAACUAAACAUGCUUAUCAUCAAAGUUAUCUAAGUCGUGGAGGAAGUUAUCAAAACGAUUGUAUGAUUAGUCAAACAAGAUACGUUCAAGAAAAUGGUGAAAUCUGCUUCACUACUAAACCUUUGCCUGCUUGCAAAAGUCCAUGCAAACCUAGUUCACAGAAGAAGAAGACCAUUGGAGUACACUGUUUACAAGAAACUAGAGUAGCUCAGUUGUGGAAGAACCAAAUUGAUCAAGGACUAUCUCCAGACUUCAGCAAUAAGAAGCAACACAAAGUUGUAGAAAUUCUAGCCCCAGAAAGCUGCUCUAUGUGAAUCAUUUGACGACUAUUAUCUGUAUUUUUAGUUUGUAAGUGCAUCUAGAAAAUGUAAAAAAAAGAGAGAGUAAUAAACUAUUAUCUAUACAAAAA